UGAGGGGUAAUAGCUCAGCAGUCGUCCUGUAUCACGUGGGGCCUGUUGAUCUCAUAUAACAGGAAGUACUGGUGAUGUGGCAUGUAAACAGGAACAGGAACCGUCUGUGUACUGUUGUAAACUUUCUGAUAUAUGGGAUUGUCUGUAAGCAAUCUGUCUGUUGCUAUGCUGUUUGUCGGAGCUGCAGCAUCAUGGAGUUAAAUACUCCUGGGUGAAGCUGUUUUAAAUUUAAAUAAAUCUUAUUUGUUUUAAUGAACAAGGGAGUGAAAGUGAUUUAUUUCACGAGCACUGAAAGCUGGAAAGUUUCCGCUGCUACAAGCUGCGUUUGAACUGUUAUCUAAACUUCAGAAGGACGUUUAGAAAACCAGGCUUGGCUUUCGCGAAGGAAGCGUGCAAGGCAAGGAGUUUUUGCUACGCUGCUACAACUCUGCGAAUAGGUUAUGGAGGCAAUAAAUUCAGCUUUCAAGUGCCAUGGGAAAGAAGAGCUGUGGAAAAGUUGCUGCUGUUUUGAAAGCCGUAAAACUUCCAGCUUGGAGAUCGUGCCGGCACAGCUGGCAUAUCUCGCUGGCAACCCGUAAAUCUUCUCUUCCGGAGGCUGAGCUGAAGGAAUCGUUGGGAAACGUGAGUAAGCUGACAGCCCAGAAGGAGGAGUGUUUGCUUAAUGAUAGCAGCACAAGCUUCAAAGGUUUUCAUUUGCCCUAUUUGCACAUCGUUGCCAGAGGGCAUGCCACCCCAGCACUCCUGCUAAAUUCCCGUGGCGCAGCAUGGAAUGCUGUGGUCACGCCCACUCCCAGGGAAGAGGGAGAAAGGGAGACAAGAGGGGGCUGGUCUGCUGUGGGCAGAAAGGAAGCAAAUGCUUUGAGAGGCUUUGCUGAAAGGUGGACAAAUGGGAAUGAAAGCAAGUUUGCUACGAUCCCAAAUGGAGACUUGGCAGUCAGCCAGGAUCCACGGCCGAUCCCUGCAUGCACAACCCCAAAGGUGGGGGUUGUUUUGGCACAACGCAGAGCCAAUGAGGCUGAAAAUGUCCAGGGUGUCACCCAGUUGCUUGUUGCUGUUUUGGGGCUUUCCUGUGAUGCAAAGGGCUGUUUUGCCACGGCUGAAGGCAAGGCUACUUGCGAGGGCUGUUUUGACCAAGGCAUGGAAAUUUACACUGUGCAAGGCUGCUCAGUUCCCAGGAAUGCAAUGGGGCCCGUGUGCAAAGUCCUGGAAGAUUCCAUUGUUGAUGAGCAGGGGCAUUGUUCCAUCCUACGUCAUCUUGAAGAAGAUACAGGCCAAGGUCGCCAGCUGGGCCACCACCAGAUAACGUGUUCUCUGGAGGAGCCUGUGAAUGGCAAAAGGACCACCAGUUUGAGAUGUUUGUGUGUUGACAAUCGGUCAGCAGGUGAGUCACUUGUUGCUGCAAGAGAUGAGGCCAGUGAUGUGCCAGUUGCUAAGCAACGCUGGCUAGGAGACUCUGGACUCCAGACUCCUGGUGGUGAAGUCCUGAGCUGCAAGAACUUUUUCCCUGGAAGAGGACUAAGUUUUAUAAAUGGCAUUAAGUCUGACUCUGUACAUGCUAAUAUUGCUAAUAUUGAUGUAUUUGAUUUGCCAUUGAUGAAAUGUAAUUUGUCAUCUGUCUUGUCUUUGUUGAAAGAUAGUUGCAAUGUACAUUCUGAGGAUGCUAUGUGCUCAAUGUGCUCAAUGGAGGGUGGAUUGUUGAUGUGUGUGAAAUGCAAUGGGAAUGAGUUUUUUAUCCUUGUGACAGGUAAAAUCAUCUCAGGCACGGCUGAGGUUCAGAGUGCCAACAUUAGUCCACACCACAAUUGCGCCCACUUGUGGCAACAAGGUUGUGCGCACGUAAGUGAAGUGCAGAAGGUACCAGGUACAGGUACAGAUACACAACCAGAGAUGGGCAACUUGUUGACAUGCUCUGAGGUUCUUGGUUGCACUGUUUGUCAACAAGCCAAAGUUACAUUAUGUGAAGGUUCCAGGUCUGCCAAUGUUUCUAGUCAGGCACCUAUGCUGACUCAAAUGGAUUCCUGCAAACCAAGGGAAGCGCUCCGUAUGGGCGGAACCCAAAUGUUUCUGUCAGAUGGCCACACCAGAAUGAGCUUCACCAUACCUCUCAUGAGUACAGGGGAGGAGUUAGGCUUGGUUAGUGAGUGGGUUCAAGCUGUGAAGCCAAAGUUUGCCUGUAAGGUGUUUUGUUUUCAGGCCGAUCAUGGAUCAGUUUGUGCUGAGGGCACACUGCAAGGUUUCUUUCCACAGAAAGGAAGCAAGCACAGAUUGUCAGCUCCAAGGGGGCUACAAGGCUGUGCAGUAGCUGGACAGGAUACGAUUCUUGGAAAGACGUUGUCAGCUAUAGUCUUUGUUGCCAGUUUUCUGAGGAAGUUCUGGCCAUGCAAUUCAACGGUAGGGUGUGAAUCCUAUUUGUCGCUGUGUAGCGAGGAACCCAAGGUUUCCUUGAGGUUGUUUGAAUGGGGAGUCUUUGUGAUGCAAUCUGAAGACGGUCCCAGGUCCCGAAAGGUAUUUUUUGUGGGAUACAAACUUUGUUCCACGUUUUGGAAGUUCGUGCGCCCAGGAAAUGUUGAGUCACGGGUGAUACUCAGCAAUAGCAUUGAGUUCUGUGAGGCACAGGUGUGGAUACCUAUCCACUACAGUCCUGAUGUGCUUACAGGUUUGGCAGGUUCUAGUGUUGAUGGACAGGCUGUGUCUGGUUGUGAACCAGCCAGUACUCCAUCCACAGGUACAGUUGUGCAAGGUAGAGUUAGGGACAGUGGUUCAGUUGAGGGACCGGAUCCAGGGACUGUUGCGACAGUUAUCGCUGGAAACGCGAGCUGGAUGCUCAGCGCUGCCCAGAAUAAUGCACAGCGGGGAGGAGUUCCAAAGCAAGAGCCUAGGAACACUCUCACACCUCCAGUGCCAAGCACUGGUAGACAGGUCAAUAGGGACAGGUUGUUCCCGCGCCAAGAUUCAGGAGCUAACAGCACGCGCAGUAGUUCGCGCUAUGCAUUUCCUGAGGUAAUUGGUACUCAAGCAGGUUUCAUCGUGACGUGGUCAGAUGAGGAUGCGAAUGCUAUGUUGAGCAGGUCAGAGAGGGCCACGAAAAGGAUAUCUACUGACAGAUAUACAGCCACUAGUCUGUGGACUUGUAUGGAUCAGUGUGAGCCAGAAAGCUUCGAGGAAGUUCAUCAAUUGCCUGAGGAGGUGACCAGGAAGUGGUACAAGGCAAUGCAGAUGGGGUUAGACUCCAUGGAAGCACGGAAGGUGUUUUUCACAGUGGCGCGGCCCGAGGGCCAGCGUGCUGUACACAGUCGCGUGGUGUUUAGGUUUAAAACCACGGCAACUGGAGAAUCUCAGUAUAGGGCUAGGUUUGUAGCCAGAGAUGUCUCAAAGCUGGAGGAGUUGCAUUCUGAGAGUUUUGCACCCACAGCACCUGAAGCGCUAGGAUCUUUGUUAUCUACAGCUGCUCAGGAAAGUUUUGUUUUUAACAUCAGUGAUGCUUGUCUGAAUUCACCGUUGGAGGAUAUGCUGUACACGCUAUCUCCACAAGGGUUUGAGAUCAAUAAGCCUGAUGAUGUCUUGAAGUUACAUAUACCCAUUUAUGGUUUGAAGCAGUCAACCAUGAGUUUGGAUGAAGUUUUGGAAGGUAUAGGUUUUCAAGAGAAAUUUACUAAUAGUUGUCUUUAUCUGGCAGGGUCAAGCCAGAAGCAAAUUCUUGUGUUCUGUUUUGUAGAUAGCAUCAGAUGCAUUGCAAAUACAGAGGCACAGGUGCAAUGGUUUGCACAGGAGCUUGACAGGUAUUUUAAGCUCAAAGAAUUAGGUCCCGUGAGGGUUUACCUAGGUGUCAGGAUUGACAGGUCUGUGGAUUACAGUUUCUUGCUGAGGCAGGAAGGUAAGAUUGAACAGUUGGUUGCAAAGUUCAAGAAGGCUGAUAGUGCUAGUAUCAGAACACCCUUAGAGAUUUGUUUUGUUGAGGAUAGUCAGUCCGGGGAACACUCUGGGUCCCAGAGCCCCGUGGUGUUCCAAUCAACUCUAAGGAGUUUGUUGAGUUUUUCUCAGUGGAGUAAACCAGUUGGUAUGUUUGCUGUGAAGAGGCUUAGCCAAGAGGAUGCACAGCCCAGUGUGCAUGCCCAGAAUGGCAUAAAGAAAGUUCUUAGGUAUCUGGGAGAUACUAAGGAGUUGUGUUUUAGGCAGCCAGUUAUGAGUACAGCACAGGACACGUGCUGGUCUGGCAGCAACUGGGCCAAGUUGCAGGGCAGGAAGUCAGCAACUGAGAUAGGUGUGAAGUAUGAUGAUGCUCUGAUGGAACGCUAUUCCAAGCGUCAAAGUUUUAUUACUCUUUUCUCUGCGGAGACUGAGUAUGACGCUCUUUCAGGAGUCUGUGGAGCGAUUCAGAUUUGCCAAUGUUUGGUCCAGAAGGUCAACGGGGAGUGUUGCCAACCCAUCACGGUUUGGGAGGACAACCGGCUCUGUUUGAUGCUUACUGAGACUGGUUACGUUAUAACCAGUGCCAAACGCGCUGACAUUCGUUUUCGGAACGUUUAUCAAGGCGUCCACACAGGAUUGGCAAAACUGAGGAGUUGCCCGAGCCAGGGGAGCCUGGCAGUUGGGUUCACCAAAUCUUUGGGUUUCCGGAGACGUAAUGGAUUCUGCAAAGGUUUGUGUUUUGCGUAAGGAAGUCUUUACGCUACCCCUGUGAUGCAGGACGAGAGGGGGUGUGAGCUGAGGGGUAAUAGCUCAGCAGUCGUCCUGUAUCACGUGGGGCCUGUUGAUCUCAUAUAACAGGAAGUACUGGUGAUGUGGCAUGUAAACAGGAACAGGAACCGUCUGUGUACUGUUGUAAACUUUCUGAUAUAUGGGAUUGUCUUUAAGCAAUCUGUCUGUUGCUAUGCUGUUUGUCGGAGCUGCAGCAUCAUGGAGUUAAAUACUCCUGGGUGAAGCUGUUUUAAAUUUAAAUAAAUCUUAUUUGUUUUAAUGAACAAGGGAGUGAAAGUGAUUUAUUUCACGAGCACUGAAAGCUGGAAAGUUUCCGCUGCUACAAGCUGCGUUUGAACUGUUAUCUAAACUUCAGAAGGACAUUUAGAAAACCAGGCUUGGCUUUCGCGAAGGAAGCGUGCAAGGCAAGGAGUUUUUGCUACGCUGCUACAACUCUGCGAAUAUUAUUAAGAAAGCUGAGGAUUACGGCUAUGGGCAGUCUCUGAUGGAGCGGCUGAGCAGACAGUUGAAUGGGCAGCUCCAGGAGAAAGUCAUUGACAGGCUUCCAGUCCUGCGCUUCACCAUUCAGUACAGGAUGCACCCCGAGAUCUGCCUCUUCCCUUCUAACUACGUCUAUGACCGUGCCCUGAAAACCGAUGGGUGCGUAGUCAUCUUUUUGUUAAUGAUUAUCUCACCUCAAGCCAACAGAUGUUACGGAAGAAGAAGUGGACGAAUGAAUGUGGACGAAUGAACCUGAAUGUGGAUGAAGGUUCCACUUUAUCCUGGAUUUUUCAGAACCCCGAAGUCCAGUGGUGCGUCGGCUGUGCUCUCCAGAUGCUGCUGGAGUCCAGCAGCCAGCAGCCCCAGCCAGAAGGGCCAGUGGUCAGGGAUGGGGAAACUUGUACUUGCUCAGCUGAAUGAAAAUUCUGCACAUGAUCAUAGGCAUCCAUCCUGACUCCUUCUGGGAACCUGAUUUGAUACUUAAACAUAAACAAAAAAAACCCCUUCCUUUCUAACCAUUUCUGAAAUGUUACUGUUGAAUUAUGUGCUCUUUGAUGCUUGUCUGGAUUUUUAUAGUGGCAAGUAGCUAUAUUUAUGCUAAACUGCUGCUGCUGCUGCUGCUGAACUUCUUUUUUUUGUAAGUGAAAUUCUUAGAUCAGAGCUGGGAAACCUGUGUCCCUCUUGAUGCUGCUGGACUCCCAACAGCCCCAGUCAGGAUGGCCUAUUGGGGGUGGGGGAUACUGUCCAGCGCCACCUGGAGGGUCAGGGUUUCCCUAUCCUGUGGUGUACAAAAGUGCAGUAGGUGCAGUAGGCCUGGUCCGCCCAUAAUCUCCUUGCUGGAUGAAGCCAAGGGUUCAGUUUAUUCAUUACAUUUAUAUCCCACCUUUUCCUCCAAGGAGUUCUCCCCCUCCUCAUUUAAUUUGCACAACCGCCCUGUGAGGUAGGCUGCGCUGAGAGGCAGUGACUGGCCCAAGGCCACCCACUUUCAUGGCUGAGCAGGGAUUUGAAGCCUGGUCUCCCAGCUCCUAAUCCAACACUCCAGCCACUACACCUCACUGCCUACAGAUGCUUCUAGGAAACCCACAAGCUGGGCACCUCGUCUUCAGAAGUGGACUGCUUCUGCAUGUGGAGAUUGCGCACUCCUUGCAGCCGCAGACAAGCCUCUCCUCAACUCCCCAUCUCCCCUACUCUCUGGAACACCUGGCCCCAGUGACCUUCAUCCCUUCAUCUCCACCACCCUCAGUGGCCGGAAGGCCUCCUGUUCUUUGCUGACCCUUUAUGUUUGGAAUUCCCUCUCCAAGAACAUUUGCACUGUGCCAUAA